AACCUUAGUAUUCUAUGAUUUUAAGCGUGGCUAUGUUCGUGUGUGAUUUCGUGUCAUGAAGUUUUUGCCGUAUUUUUAGCCAAAUAGACAAAAUUAUUGGAAAAUGAAUAUUAGGAGUAGCUUUCUCAUUUUCAUUACGUUAUUUUUAAGCGCGAAUUCCAUAAUGUGGCAUCUCGAACCAAAUGCGCGGAAGUGUUUAAGAGAAGAAUUGCAGGGAAAUAUUCCUGUUAUUGGCGAAUUCGAUGUUUCAGAAAUUCCUGGACAAAUUGUAGAUUAUAUUGUUACUGAUUCUAAGGGUCACAUACUCGCCCAGAGAGCAGAUAUUUCAAAAGGAAAAUUUUCAUUUACAACUGAGAGUUACGAUAUGUACGAAAUUUGUUUUAUAUCACGAGUGCCUCAGCAUCAAAGGGGAAUGGCACAUAUGGUUUCAUUAAUUACAAAGCAUGGCAUUGAAACAAAAAAUUAUGAUUCGUUAAUGGAGGCAGCACAACUUAAACCAAUUGAAUUAGAAUUAAAGCGAUUAGAAGAUUUAUCAAAUGCCAUAGUCCAGGACUUUGCAUUUAUGAGAAAACGAGAAGAGGAAAUGAGGGACACUAAUGAAUCAACAAACAGUAGAGUACUAUAUUUCUCUGUGUUCUCGAUGUGUUGUCUACUCGGCCUCGCGACAUGGCAAGUACUAUAUUUAAGAAGAUACUUCAAAGCAAAGAAAUUAAUAGAAUAAAAUUGGAGUUUUGCAGUUAUAAAUUUGUACAAAUUUGUAUCUCAUUAUUUAAAUUGAAUGUCAUCCUUACUUGUAAACUAGCUGGAUUGGAUUCCCUUUAUGUUAAUUUCUGUAAACAAAUAAAUUAUUUUGUUUA